AUGAAUAGUUCACUCAAUUUGCUCAUACUACUUCUAUUUAGCGUUCCACUAGUAUUUUGUAAACGCUGUGGUUGCUAUAGUGAUGCUAGUCUUAUUGAUUUACCAAAUACAACAUUGUACAGUAAUUUAACAUUGCAAUCUUGCGAAUGUUUGUUUAGUCAACAGAACCGAUCAAGUUUUCAAUAUAAUAGUAGUGAUCAAACCUGUUGUAUAUUUGAUUCUGAUAUUGCAUCAGCAAAUCUUCGAGUGGCUCCAGGUUGUAAAGUGUGCUUUUGCAAUCAAACGACAACGGUCGACGCACCUACCAGUACUACAUCGUCGUCGUUACCAAGUCCACCUAUCAACGUGUCAACAGCUGUGCAAGGCAAUAAUUAUUAUACAGUUGAAACGGUUUAUCUCACAAAUUAUGCCACGCUGACAUCUUUGAAGAUUGUUAUCACUGCUCCAAAAACUCUGGGUGCGAAUAGUCCACAGAUUUAUGGCAACUAUUGGUCUCAAGGUACAAACUGUACUUGGAUGGUGACAAAUACUGAUAUAAUCGCAACAUUUUAUUUGAUACCUGGAUGGACAAUGGCACCGAAUAGUUGGAAUUAUAAUCUUCAAUUUGCUCUAACUGGUACAAAUAGACCUACAGUCAAUGACACUUAUCGAAUACAAAUUGAUUCUUUUCAAACAAUCGAUGGACAUUUUUAG